UUGUGAUUAAACUGCCUUGUUUCCUCCUUUCCCAUGCAGUGAAUGAGUUCUGGGUGAAUGUGCAGAAGACAGAAGCAGCAGAGAGGUGCAAUCUUCACGGGACAUACAUCCUUAAAGCAGACAAGGAGAAGCUCACUCUUAAAGAUACCAAAACCGAUCAAGUUCUCUUCAACUGGCCCUAUAAGCUUCUGCGGCGCUAUGGCAGGGACAAGGUCAUGUUUUCGUUUGAGGCUGGGCGCAGGUGUGAUUCCGGAGCGGGGAACUUCACCUUCGAGACAAAGCAUGGCAACGACAUCUUCCUGCUGGUGGAAAGCAGUAUCCUGGAGCAGAAAGCCCAGGCCGAGGGGAGCCGCCGAAGCUUUCCACCGUCGGAGACAGGCGACCACACCGCCUUGAGCUCAUUGGAAUGGAGCCCUGAAUGUCUGUCACUUGAUGCGUCUUCAGCCCUUUCCUCCGAGGUGGUGAUGGUGGUCGGCAACGGCAGCCCUGACCACAAAUCCAGUUUACCCGAGGGGCUGGCGGCGGCCCCCAAAAAGGAGCAGCGAGGCUCCGAGGAGAAGGACUUGUCCAAACUCCUCAAAAACCGGAGCCUUCCAGAGCCUCCGGGCGUGGGGCCCCCGACACCGCCGAGAUCUCCCAAAAUGCCUGCGUCGAAUGCCGAUCCGGCCUCCAUUUACUCCGAUCCCGUGGAUGCCCUGACUGUCGGCACGUGUGGCUCAGACCGCCUGUACUCCGAGCCAGUUGACAGCGUCCUGCCAUGCAAAGCCCAAGAUCCAGCAGCCCGGAAGGGCUUCAAGGACAGGAGGGCGCCCGGGCAGAGGGCGGAACCUCUGUAUGCGGACAUUUACGAGCGGCUGAACCAGGAUUUCUCCCGGCUGGCCGUCACCGGCCCGGCGGAGGAGCACAUCUAUGACGAGCCAGAAGGCCGGGCAUUCCAGCAGGUCCCGGAGGCCAGAGCUCCCUACCCCCUGCCCGCCUUCACUGCCAUCUAUGACCAAGCUCAGCCGGCAGACUCAGCUGCUUGGAAAAAGAAGGGCUGCGCGGCGGGGCACCCUGGUAAAGACAACAGCUCAGGCCCACCUCCCCUGAGGGGUGUCGAGACACCAGCCACCAAGCCAAAAAAACCCAAGCCCUUGCCUGCACCGAAACCCACCAGCGGGCCGUUUGCAAAAGACAAACGGGCAGACUUCAAGGAGAUGGGGAUGGAGCUAGCUAACUCUGAGCGGCUGGCUCUUAAAACCAAUUUCAACAGCUCAAAUAACUGCAUCUACAGUGAGGUUGUGAAGCCCAAAAGGCCACAGAAAGAAGUGUCAGUGGAUGACUUCAGCAUUAACCCAGAGUCAAUCUACGAAGAUCUUGGGAACCUUUGACGGGUUUAGUCAGCUUUUCUGGACAUCUCUUUGUUUUGGCUCUUAAAACAAAAUGUGGUCCUUCCUUCACGUGUAUUUCUGCGAGUGCUGUCUCAAGCAGGGAUACAAUAUUGUUACCUCAUCUUAUGAGCAGCAAAGAUUAAACUAUGAUAGUUAUCAUUGGUAUUUCCUUGUGUUCAACUAAAUUGUGAAACUGAGAUGGAUUUUACACACUGAGAUACAAAAGGUUGCAGCUGUAGAAAAUGUUUUCACAGACUCAGGUACCAGAAUUGACAAAUUUCUUCUCUCUAUUAAAUGUGAAAAGAGCUCUAAUAUGAUUGUGAUGUACCCUAGCUCAGUUCCUCUUGGGCUUGUGGUGGUACAUGUAGCGGGACAUCAACAGUCCAAUUUUCUUAGACACCGACUUGGCCCUGCUUCCUAGUUUUGGUGGACCAUGUGGAACGAGGAUUUCUCCAUUCAUCCUGAGCAGAAACUUCAAGCCGGCACCUGUUUACAAUGCUCCACCUGCCAUGCGGUGAGAUGUAGGAGGACUCUAUUGAGAGAUGGGCGAGACAGCGAGGAGAAGGUAUGAUGUUGGGAAACCUCUUGCAAAAGAUGGACGAGAGGAUUGUGCCACAGAAGUAGAUAAUGUUUCCUACACACGUGGUAGCAGAGUGCGUAAAUGGUGAUACUGAAUUGGGAACACAUUUUUGUCACCAACUACCUGUGGUGAAAGAGACCUCACCAACAUGUACUGUGAAGUUUAUUUUUUAGAAUAAAAACUUAACUUUUCAUGACAGACUGUUUGCCAGAUCUUUUCUUUUACAGUGGCCAUGUCGACUUUUUAUUUCCUCUUUAUUUACAAGAUUAUUUUAUUAUUCCAGAGCCAUUAUUGAUUUCUGUUAUGUGUACUGUGCUUUGAGGAUGCAUGGAUUUAUAGAAUCAAUCUGUAAAUUCUGUUUUGUGAUCCUGCUUCACUGUUCACAAAGGUAACUCUCAUUGAUGCUGCAGUUAGGAGUAAAAACAAUGUGGGUGAAUGAUGGUUUAGUUUAUCUGUCUCUAAAUUCAGUUUCUUGCACCAUCGACUUCUUACCAAGUUGCUGCUGCACAGGGUCUCAACGUUGAUUUUUGUUUUUUUUUAUCUACACAGUCUUCCUUUUAGAGAAAAGUGCCAAGUGGUUGAAGGAUUGGCAGGCUCAUGGGCUGUACUAUGAAUACUCCAGUAGCCAGCCAUUGACCAAAAGAUGGGGCAUUAGCCCUAGAUAUUGGGAAGGCUUUAUGAACUAUUGCAGUCCAUUUAAUGAAGUGAGGAUGUCACUUACUUCCACUCACUGGGUUUUUCAUCUCGUAGGAACUGCACUCAGAGUCCGGAACCACAUCCAUUUGCCAGAGCUUUCUGGAACAGUUUUCAGAGCUGGGAAUACAGACCUUGAGCUAAACACUUGCUGGCUGAGGGAUUGGGAAGAGGAAGAUAAAAAUAGCAACACGUUGCCUUUAACCAUCGUUUCUGUUUUGUGACCAAGUAAACUUGUUGGAGGUUGACAGCAGCCACCCAGUGAUCCUACUUCUGCAAAGUUGUAGGCCAAGCUUUAUAAUUACAAAAUACAUACAGCAUAGAAACAGGCCAUUCAGUUCAUCAAUCUCUACCAGUUUAUUACGCUCCACAUAACCCUCUCUCUCCCAUCAAAUUAUCCUUUUAUUCCUUUCUACCCUACUGUUUAUUUAGCUUUCUCUUUCCGCUUUCACUACCCGAUGGUCGCAAGUUCCAUAUUCUAACCAAACUGUAGGCUAUGCCUGACGUUUUGAAUUCAUCUUUGAAUGAAUUGUGUUAGAACAUCAGAAGAGAAGUGUAGAACUGGCAAGUUUUGAAUUUCGACCUUGAAUUUCAAAAUUUACAGAUGGACCAAAACUUGGAGGGAUUGUGAGCUUGGCAGGAUGGUGAUGGAUGUAAAGAGUCAGGUCGAUUGGGCAUUCAGAAUUAAUGCAGACAAAUUUAAUGCAAUAAAUGGAGAAAUUUUGGUUGAAAAAUAUGCAAUCUGAAAGGGGUUACAGGAACAGCAACAGCGAGCUGGGGCUGUAUGUGCACAAAUUGACGGUGGCAAGAUAAGGUGACAAAGGUUAAAAGGGCAGAGAGUAUCCUGCACUUUACACACAGGUAUUUUUUCUUUCUUUCUUGCUUCAUUCAUGGGAUGAGGGUGUUGCUGGCUAGGCAGUACUUAUUGCCCAUCCCUAAUUGUCCAGAGGGCAGUUAUGAGUCAACCACAUUGCUGUGGGUCUGGAGUCACAUGUAGGGCAGAUCAGGUAAGGAUGACAGCUUCCUUCCCUGAGGGACAUUAGUGAACCAGAUGGGGUUUUUCCGACAAUGGAUUCACAGUCAUCUUUAGAUUCUUAAUUCCAGAUAUUUUAUUGAAUUCAAAUCCCACCAUCUGCCAUGGUGGGAUUGAACCUGGGUGCCUAGAAUGUUAUCUGGGUCUCUGGAUUAACAGUCCAGUGAUAAUACUAUUAGGCUAUUGCCUCUGCCAAAUGAUACGAAAGCAAGGAAAUAAUGAUGAAUGUUUAGAAAACCCUGGCUGAUCCUCAACUGGAGUAUUUGAGUAUCCUUGUUAAACAAGGUGCUCAAAAGUUAUCAAAAAUGCGUGGGAAUGUUAGAUCAGCCAUGAUCCUAUCGAAUGGUGCAAUAGGCUUGAGGGGCUGAAUGACCUCCUUCUGGUUCAUUUUUGGACACUAUUUUGGGAUGAAUGUGAGGGCUGUAGAGAGGAUAUAGAAAAUAUCCAUAAGAAUGGUUUCAGGGAUGAGGAACGUUGGCUACAUGGAAAGCUUGGAGUAGGUGGCGUUGCUAUACUUGAAGAGAGGCCUGGUCUGCAUGUGACUGCAUACCCACAAGCAAUGUGGUUGACUUCUAACUGCCCUCUGAAAUGCCCAAGAGCCACUCCAUUUAAUAAUUAGGGAUGGGCAAUAAGUGCUGGUCUUGACAGAAACACACAAGUCCCAUGUAAGAUUUUUUUUUUUUUUAAGAAAAACUUCUUUCUUCUAUUAAUGCACUUUUCCCAACCUACUUAUUUGACCAAGCUUUUGGAUACCAGGUGUAACAUCUUGUUGUGUGGGUGUCAAAUUUUGUUUGAACAGUCCUUUGGAGUACAUUUAGGGCCUUUUAUUAAAGGUAAUGGUGCUGGGAAACAAGGCAUUUCAUCUUUUUGGUCAUCUUGGACAGCCGAUACAGUUCCAGGUGUUCUGUGAUCUUUCCAGUAAAAUUAAUUUGUCCAAUCAUUUGUUGAUAUUAUAAAUGUUAUGAGUUUAUUUUGUCUGCUACUGAAACAAAGGCUAGUUCCUAAGCAUAAGACAACAAAAAUUAUUAAAGAUUUUUACUACCAUUGAAUCACUCCUGUUAACCUUUGCUGGCACCCUGUGCUGGCAUUGCUUUUUUUUUGGGGGGGGGAUAAAAUAAACUGGAAGAAUCACAGGAAAUUUUAUUUUAAAUAUAGUUCAUCAGAGGUUAGUUGUUUCCAAAACAGUAUCCUGGAUUUAUCUAGUUAAUACCGACAUAGAUUGUUAUCAACAGCUGGGGAUCAAUCAGUGUAAGUUGGUAAUUGGCGCAUUCACCUUUUGAACCAGAAAGUUGUUUAAGUCAACCUCCUUGAGCCCAUAAUCUAUGCUGACAUUCCUGUGUACUGUUAUUUUUGAGGUGAGAUGAUAAAACCAUAAUUACAUUUUACAAUUGUAUUUUAUUAUUUUUCCCUUUUCCUGUCUGCCCUUGAGGGCUGAUGUGAUUGAUGCCCCUGACUCAAAGCAGAUGGUGUCUGACAUUUAUCUUCAACCAACGUAACUUAAAACAGAACAUCACCUUUAUUGCUGUCUGUGGUACCUGAGCCGUUCAAAUUGGCUGCUCCAGUACCUUUUUUUUCAAGUCUGUGAAGCCACUUCAAAAAAUACUUCAGCAGCUCAGAAAUGCUUUCUGAGAUACUGAUGUGUUGGUAAAUGCUGUAUAAGUGCAAGUUCAAAAAAAAAGGGACUGAAAUUCUUGUUAAAGGAAGCAUCUAUUGAAUAGUUCAUUCUCAUAGUCUAUGCUGCAGGAGCUGGCUGUUGAAUAAUAAGGUGAUAUAUUUAAAGCUUGUUAACUAAUUUGUGUAAGUUAUUUUGGUUUAUGACUUUUUUUGUAUAAAUGUGUAAUGAUUUCUUGUAACAAAAAUAUGUACUUUUUAAAAUGUAAAUUGCUGAUUGACCAAUACUUGUUAAACAUAGUUUGUACUUCCAUACAAAACAUUGUUCAUUCAAAAAUUGGUGACCAACAAGUACUUUGUUAUUAUCAGAAUAGCUAUUGCAUAAAAUGGUUUUCUUCAAA